AUGUGUAACGGACACUUCAUCGCUAAUGCUGCAGUAUUCUGGAUUAUAUUCACAAUCGUCUUAUUUUGCAACCGAAACGAAGGACAGCACUACUUUUUCGAAGAAAUCAAUCAACUGAAAAGCAACUUUGACCCUGAUCAGGAAGAAACCGACAAAGACCUCACGGGUGUUUUAGAACCUGUGAUCACGUUCGAGAAUGCAACUCUACUUAAAGAUGACGAUCAAGAAGAAAAUAAAUCAUUGCUAGAAAAGAUCACGUUUCCCGAGUUCUAUCAUUCCCAGGGAAUCAUUUCCCUGCCUUAUGACGGGAUCAUUGAGCCGUUCGAAGCAUGGUAUGGUGGCCGACAUAAAAUGAGUCGCAUCGACUACUACUACGGUAAGACAAAUCAGUAUCUUCUACAUGACAUGCCAACAGGUGAUAUAUUGUCUUAUCAUUAGGACAGGUCGUAUUUGUUCUUCAAUAUUGACAAAAGAAAUAUGAGACUAAUAUGCAGACGACAUUUACAUAGCACGCGAGCUCAACCCUGAUUUCUGGAUGUCACUGUUGAUAGUAAUGCAUCAGGUUCCUCCCGAUGUCAUAUUCCGUCCCAAGCGCAAUAUUUGUUGAGCAAUUUAAGAUAAUAUGACACGCCAGUUCUGCUGCAAGUUGUACAAAGUUCGACGCACUUUUGCUUCGUUGAGUCCUAACAAAACAAAAGUUGUGACUAAGCAUCUCUAUCCGCCAUAACAUUAGUAAGUAAUGCACUGCAAGCCGGUCUAACAGAGUGUAUUGACCCAGCACACACCGAUGUAUUAAACCUUUUUUCUGAGAGUUUAGCCAACCAGUUCUUGCCAACAACAUGCGCCUUAAAAAUCGAAUAAAAUCCUCAUCGGUAAUGUCUUUUCAUUCCAUAAAGAAAACACCGAUUCAAGUUGUGUUUUUGGUUCGUCUCUUUCGCAGCCAGAAUGCGUUGUGUCUUGUAGCCUAUGUAACGGGCUACGAGAGAGACGUAUUUUCAGUUGAUGUUUUUGUUGUUAUUUAUGCACUUUUUGUUUAUUUUUGGGAUUACUCAGACAGUAAUACGAUACUCCAUCUCCUCUUAAACCGUUCUUUCUUGUUCCUUUCUUCUCACUCCAUGCUUAAGGGAUGGACAAGACAUUCCAGAGAGGGGACCUUAUGCCGUAUGGGGCCCUGGUUAAGUUGGUGCCAGCUCACUGGAAGAAAGGAGAUGAUCUCGAUGAAAACACACAGAGCUGCUGGUACAGGCCCGGAUUUCGAUGGUCUCCAGAGAAGGGUCAAAGUGUUGUCCCGAAGAAUUUGAAAAAAUUCAAGGUAAAUGUUGAAGCGUCCCGCAUCCCAAAUUUGAACCACAGACUGUUCUUUUGACCAAUUUUCCAGACUAAAAUCGAAUGCCGCGUGUUUUACACAUUUGGGAUAACCAAGAAAUCCUUGUCCAUAUGUCCCAUUUAUAGCUCAGUUUAUAUUCCUCCAAACUGGACUUAAAAAUUAUCUAAGAGUUCCUCUACAUAAAAAUUAAGCUUUGCCUUGGGAAAACAGUGCACUCCAAGUUAUCGUACGUACGCUGUUAUUUUUUCUUGACAAAUGUAGGUCAUAUGCUUCAUAGCACCUCUCCACCCUUCCCUCUAUGCGACGUCUUUUAGUGUCUCUUUAUCUAAGUUAGAUAAUCCCCAGUUAUGUUUUUUAAUGUUUACUUGAUACCUCAUAACGCCAGCUGUUCCAUAUAACUCUUCAAACAUCUUUUAGGCAGGAUUAGGGAAGUACGAUCUGAAAAAAACAAAGUACCACGAUGUUGCCGAGAAGAUUUGCAUAUGCCGCACAUAGGCAAAUUUAAAGCAAUUGGGCGAAUAGGUCUUUAAAAAAAACUCCCAUAGGACGUUAAUCGUUCUGCUUUAAAACAAUAAAAUGACAUAUGCACCAGAAACCAAACUCUUCAUUUCUUAGCUAUUAAAAGUACCUAUGAAAUUAUAACCUGUGACCACUGACGUCUGUGACACCUGUGACGCCUUUGAGGUAACAGACUCCAAAUCAGAACACGGUUGCCCAAAAAUUGUAUCGAGAGAAAACUGAACGCACAUAGAGAAACCGAUAAGCAAAACAGUGACUGCUUGUAAUCUGUGCGUAUCGGUUCCGGCAUCGGGGUUGAAUUCUGGGACGCCAUGUUUAAUUGCCCAAGUUACGUCGUCCGUAUUUGUUACAUUUCAACAAAAAAAUGGAGCUAGAAGUUAAUUUUUUAAAGCACUUUUAAUCGAGGAGAGGAGACAAAAAUUAUUUCCUCUGAAGCAUACUUCUCCUAUAAACAACAAGAAAUAGUGAAGCAUAAUUCUUCACAGGCUUGAUACUAAAGUUCCCGUCUAAAAAUAGACAAGGACUGCCUCAGGAGUAGGACUUGGAUGUAAGAUCGAAUUCCAUACCUUUAUCGUCUGUUGUUUCAGUACGUAGGCGAGGAAAUCCACAGUGGAAUGCCUGUUUAUAAGCUACAACGCACUGCAACUGUGUACAAGAAGAACAACACUUACACACUGUACGUGACAAAAGCAAAACCCUACAGACCUGUGCGUUACGUUAUGCACGGAUAUGACACUCUUCUGCACUCAUUUUAUGAUCAUUACGUCGUGGAUUACCUCUCUUUCCAUAAAUGGGACUUUGACUUUAAUAUCAUGAAAAUCCCAAAAGGUGAGUACGAUACACUGCGCAUGACACAUUUAUUGGCUGGGCUACUUCCUAUGACCUCAUACUCGUCUAUACUAACCUUUAACAGCCUAUUAUCAGUAUGCAUAUUCUUCAUACUAUUCGCUUUACACUUCCAAAGGUGCUGAGGAGGAGGAUUUGUUUAACAACCAAAAGCUUCCUAGAUCGGCGGUCAUUUCGUUCUUUCUGAUGACCUAAAUGAAUGAUUCAACAGUAUUACUGUAUGAAGAAAGUAAAUGAUGGUCACUCUUAGGGAUUAAAGGGUUGAGAAUUGCAAAGGCAGAAGCAAAGAAAUCAUAACAAUCACUUGGAUUAAAUGUAAGACCUCUGAGGAGCUCAUUAAAAUUCAAAGUAAUUCAUUUAGCAAAAUGGCUAAGACACGCACGAUCAAACCGCAUUUCACUUGAGUUCUAAAUCUGAUCGUUUGAGAGGAUGGCCCCAGUAUCGUAAACCAACAAAAAAAUCACAAUAAACCAAAACCAAUGCCACCUAUUGCUGUAAUGACCCCACCAACCGUUCCAACCCAACUCAUCAGGAGGACAAUACAGCACAAUUUUAAAAGAUACAUACCAAAGACAUAGUUACCCAGUGUAGCAGAUAAUUUAAUUAUAAAUGGCUCCACUGAAUCUACAUUAAUCUUGCUUCGAAUCCGUACCUUUCUCUUCAAUAUAUGGCACACUUAAGGUCAUACGUCUUCUGAUCCUAAGGAAAAUAUUACACUGUAAUGUAGUUGUAGAAUACACGAAUACGGGCAGAUCUGAUCGAGGUUUUUGCACGCGAACAGGACCUACGUGGUUGUCUCGAUAAGGAAGAUGAGCCUUUUUCCCGCCCUCUAAAAAUCUUUCAGCCCACAUCAUACCUUUUGACACAGCGCCUCCUUCCGUCUAUUUUUUGUUUACUUGUUAAUAUUCUUCCCCACAAAGGAGCCUCCUGCAAAAAGAAGAUUCAAAAGAUGAAAUCAAGAUACCACUUUAACCCCAUGGCAGAGUUUAUGCAUGAAAACUUUGAAGAUGGGGAGGUGGAACAAAUGUUUGAAGAAUUUAAGAGAACACACAAGAAAUCCUACGACGAUCCUACAGAACAUGAACAGAGGAAACACAUCUUUCGACAUAACAUGAGGUCAGUUUACAAUUUUCUUUCACUCACCUGCACGUUACAAACGUAACAAUCUGGUCAACUACAAUCCAAAGUUGCGCGAGAUACAAACGAAACAAUCUGAUCAACUAUAAUCUUAACAUGCGCGAGAUAUAAACGCAACAAACUGAUCAACCACAAUCUACAGAUUCAAGAGAUAAACGUAACAGCCUGAUCACUGACAAUCAAAAGAAAGAUGUGUGAGAUACAAACGUCAGAGUCUAAUCAACAACAAUCUAAACGUGUACGAGGUAACAAUUUGGUUAUCUAAAGAUGCGCGAGAUACAAACGUAACAAUCUGAUCAACAAAAAUUUACAGAUACGCGAGAUAAAAACGAAACAAUCCUAUCCUAUCAACCUACACGAGAUACAAACGGAACAGUCUGAUCAACAAAAAUCUACAGAUACGCGAGAUAAAAACGAAACAAUCUUAUCCUAUCAACCUACACGAGAUACAAACGGAACAAUCUGAUCAACAACAAUCUAAACAUGCGCGAGAUAAAAACGUAACAAUCAGUUAAUCUAAGGAUGCGCGAGAUAAAAACGUUACAACGUGAUUAAUAAUCAUCUAAAGAUGCACAAGAUACAAACGUAACAAUCUGAUCAACAACAAUCAAGAGAUAUGAGGGAUACUAACGUAACAGGUUGAUCAAAGACAAUCUGAUCAACAAAAAUCAAAAGAUGCGUGAGAUACAAACGUCACAAUGUGAUCAACAACAAUCCAAAAAUGUGCAAGAUACAAACGUAACAAUCUGAUUUAACAAAAAUCCACAGAUACGUGAGAUAAAGACGAAACAAUCUUAUCCUCUCAACCUACACGAAAUACAAACGGAAUAAUCUCAUCAACAACAAUCUAAAGAUGCGCGAGAUUCAAACGUAACAAUCUGAUUAUCUAAGGAUGCGCGAGAAAAAAGCGUUACAGUUUGAUCAACAACCAUCUAAAGAUACACAAGAUACAAACGUAACAAUCUGAUCAACAAAGAUAUGCGAGAUACCAACGUAACAGGUUGAUCAACUACAAUCUCAAGAUGCACAAGAUGCUAACGUAACAAUCUGAUCAACAACGAUCUAAAUGCGCGCGAGAUACAAACGUAACCUGAUCAACUACAAUCUUAAAGAUGCACAAGAUAAUAACUCAACAAUUUGAUCAACUACAAUAAAAAUAUGUAGGUAAUACUAACGUAACAAGCUGAUUAAUGACAAUCUAAAAAUGCGCAAGAUACAAACGUAACAAUCUGAUCAAUAACAAUCUAAACAUGCGCGAGAUACAAACGUAACAAUCUGAUCGUCUAAACAUGCGCGAGAUACAAACGUAACAAUCUCAUCAACAAAAUUCUAAAAAUGCACGAGAUGCAAACGUAAAGCCGGCAACACACUUAACAGUCUGAUCAAAAACGAUCUUACGAUGCACGAGAUACUAAGGUAACAAUCUUGCCAACUACAAUCUUAAGAUGCGCGAGAUACAAACGUAACAGUUUGAUCAACAACCAUCUAAAGAUGCGCGAGAUCCUAAGGUAACAAUCUCAUCAACUACAAUCUAGAGAUUGAUACGAAGACUGGAGAUGCACCGGAUGCUAUUGCCGACAAGUUUGAUUUAAGUUUAUCAUGCAUGAUUACUCCGUGAUGUUUUUUUAUUUCCAUCGUUAAAUUAUCAUAGAUAGGUGAAUAUAAAAGUUUGGCAACAUGUUUAACGUUUGUCUUGCGACACAGAGAAAGUGUGAUCGUCCCAAGUGGACUAGUUUCAAACCGUACCAUGCUCUACUAACUGAGCAAAAGAGACCAUAAGCUGUUGGCCACAAGUUACAUCUCGUGUGAGAAGCCUUUUGCACCAGAUACUUUAACGCUUUGACUCCUUAAGAGUGAUUAGCAUCUAAUUUCUCAUUACAUUAUCAUCCCUGAAUCAAAUAUUUAGGUCACAAGAAUAAGAGAAAUGAUCAGUAACUAAAGAAGCCCUUGAUUGUUAAACAAAUUCUCCUUGUCAGCACCUUAUAGGUCUGCAGAGAACAGCGUGGAGAAUAUGCAUUCUGGUGUUACGGUUAAAAGGCAGAAUGUGGACAUUUUUUUAACUAGGUUACUUUAAUUUUUGUGUCCUGUGUUGAAAUAAGGAAACAAAAACAUGCCCUUUUCCUUUACUUUAUAUCUCAGGUUUAUAAGCUCAAAGAACAGAGCCGCUUUGAACUUCACGUUGGCGCCGAAUGAACUAAGCGACGUCACAGACGACGAAUUUGAAAUGUACAAAGGUCUGUUAAUUGAUCCUGGCGGGGGUGAUGACGAGACACUAAAGAAACAGGAGAUACCAGAGGCAAGAUUUAACACUCCCGAUACACCACUACCCAAGUGUCUCGACUGGCGUGAAUACGGUAUGUCUUUUUCGUUCAAACCCCGCCAAUGUUUAGGUAGUGUAAUUUUCAGUUAAAUGUCAAAAGUAAUGUGGUAUAUUGUAUUGGUCUUGUAUCACUGUAACUGAUCUGUGAUUGGUCAUAUUGAGUCAGUGAGAGAUCAAAGUCAGUGGCUGCCUUAGAGGAAAGGUCUGCGAAUUCUGUAAACUCUUCCCCACUAUCCUCCCUAUCAGACAUACAUGUGAGUUUUUCUUAUUUCUUGUCAGACUCCAAAUUAUGACAAUGAAAGGACUGUAAAUUACAACCCGGAGUCCAUUUAGGGCUCUCAUCAACCUUAAGAUAUUUUUUCAGGUGCAGUGACCCCUGCCAAAGCACAAGGCCUGUGUGGUUCAUGUUGGACUUUUUCUUCCACUGGACCAAUAGAGGGAGCUUAUGCAAUCCAGGUGAAUUUGUAACUUUCUAUACACACAGAUUAACACCACAACAAUUAAAAAUAUACAACACAAUUAUGAGAUUGAGAUUAUCAUAUCCUUAUGUACUGGUAAGCAAGAAAGUCCACAAAAAUAUCAAAACAAUUAAAAAUAUUCACCAAACUGGAGGUUAACGAAGGUUACCAUGGAUAUUUACCAGCACGGUAAAAUUAAUGUCCACCACUUUCACUGACACUAAGCUGAAUAAUUGUUUUAUUACGUUGUUACGGUAUAAUCUAACCGAAAGAGAAACACUACAAUCUCACAAACUCAACUACUUUAUUAAACAGUGAGUAAUGUUCUUGACAAGGAGCAACUUUUAAAAGCAGUAUAGUACUUAUUGUUAAUUUACUUAAUUAAGCCCACCACAGUCUAUAUCAUAGCUCACCACUGACAUAAUCUCAUUGCUGUCUCCAAAUAAGCAAUCUUCCACUGACAGUAACUCUCUCUCGGUAUAGCUUUCAAAACAAUUGUCACUCCGACAACAACAACUACAACUACUACAUAAGUGAAUCUUUAUGUAUAUUCAAAAAGUGUUCUGGAACAUUCCGGAAGCUUACAUGAGAACUAUUUUCUUUAGUAGUUUUACAUUAUAAAUGCAUAACUUCAUGAAAUGUUCUGCAAUGUUCUAUGGUAUGCAAGUCAGCAUGACAAGGCAGUAUGAAGAUUUCUAAAAGCUUAUAUUUACAACAAUUACUCAUGACAACAAAAAAAAUUGGACACUAUAUUUUAUAACCUAAUUGACUGAACUAUCUAAAAACAACCUGUUGAAUAGCUAUUUCCUAACUAGGUCUCUUACGUAAUCACUGAGUUUAAUUUUAUUUCAUUUAAAACAUUUUCAAUUUCUUUUCAAAUACAUCAAGUCUGCAAUGAUUGUAAUUAGAGGGCAAAGAGUGAUUUUGACAUUGCAAAUACAUGUGUCAUUGAUUAUUUGGAAUGUUAUUUAUAAGUGGUGUCACUCAGCUGCUAGAUUUUGCACCACAAGAUCAGUCUGCAUGGCAGCCCUUCUCUUCAGCCUUUUCUCCUUUGCCUUUGCUCUGUAGCAAGGAAAUAAAAUAUGCACAAAUCACUUUGUGACAUUAACUAAUAUUGUCAGUUUUUCCUCAAAAUUCAUUUUAAAAAAUUGGUUUAAUUUAACCAAUCACUUUGAACCAGCACAGCAUAUACAUAUGUACUCUUAUUGCUCCAAACCAAUGGAGGAGCAUGUGUAGUGCAGUACAUGCAUUUAUUAAUUAGAAUUAAACCCCUCAAGAACCAGGGUACUGUCAGUUGUUAAGCAGAUAGGCUUCAUUGCCCUAAGUAAGAAUUGCAGACUACAUAUAAUUAGAGAGAGUCAGAGAGAGAGAAAGAAAGAGAAAGAGAGAUGUAAUAUUGCAACACUUGACUUACCAUCUUCCUGAAUCAAAUUAUUCAGCUUGCUCCUCAAGGACUGCAAUAUUAAAGCCUUGUCUUUAGGUGCCUUUUUUUUGGGCUGAUCACCUGUGGACCCUGACUCCUUCAGUUUUACUUGCAGCAGCUUUGUGACCACAGCAAGUUCUAAAUUAAAUUCCAUAUGUCAAGUGUGAAAACAUGUACAAUCACGACAACUAAAAGGUCCAAGGAAAAUUAGGAAUAGAGCUCACUAAGUACAUACAGUUCUUUUAUCAGUGCAGUGAUAAAAUUAUCCUAAACAUAACUAACUUGACCAAGUUCCCAGUUUAAAUCACCAGACCUGACCCUUCUUAAAUGGUACUGGCAGCUAGUAUAUUCACUGAUGCAACAUCACUGAUUUGCUGGUAUUCAAUUGGAAAACAUCCUAGUAAUUAUUCAACUGUGGCUCCCUCAUUAAAAGGGAUACUAACUGAUAAAGGCUUCCUUUAAUAAUUGCAAUAAUUAUCUGGAGGUUUUAAUGGCUUAUUAUAAAUAUCAUUUUUAGUAGAACAAAUAUAUAUAUAUAUAUAUAUAUAUAUUAAAUACCAACCUGUAAUAGCAUGCACAAUAUCUUGGUCUAGUUUAUGGAACCUUUUGCCCUCUAGCUCCUCUGUCUUGUAUAAAAACAUGAGUACCAUCCUUGCAAAGGCUGUUUUUGCUUUGGCAUCUUUUUGUGCUGCACGCACCCUGAUAGGAUUGAUUCACACUCCAUUGCCUAUUUCUUCCCAUUGUGAAUGAAAAAAUAAUUCUUACAUAUUUAAUACGACUACAGGAUACAAAUGAAGAAUAAAAAUCUGAUAAAAAACACCACAUAUGCACAUUGACUAAGUAUUACAAUUAAAAAAGCAACAUUGGAGCAGGCCAAAGGGGAGGGUGUUUCCUUAUUUGCCUUUAGUUUUGUCAGUUGCCAUUAUUUGCCCUUUACACCUUAAUUUCAUUAUGCAUAUUCUCCAUACUGUUCUUUAUACAUUUCCUAAGAUGCUGACAAGGAGAAUUUGUUUACUGAUCAAAAGCUUCUUUUGUUGGUAAUCAUUUUCUUCAUUUUGUGACCUUAAUGUGUGAUUCAGGGGUGAUAUUGAAAGGAGAAAUUAGAUCUUAGUCACUCUUAGAGUUAAAAGGGUUAAUGGCUGUAAGUUAGAGGCAUAUCUUUAUAAAUUGUUUAACUUCCUGUUAAGUGCCUCCUGUCUGGGUACUUUCCCAUACCUAAGGAUAUCCUUAUCCUGAUUAUACACCUCUCCUGGAUUUGGAGUUAAUUCUUUUGCCAUUGUCAAAUUAAAAAAAAACAUAUUACACAAAGUUAAUAUUAGAGAUUUUCUUAGAAUCAGGUGUCAUCUUAACAGAAAAUAAUAUCUGUCAAUUAAUAGGACUCUUGAUUUAUUUUGAUGCAUCAAUGUCCCAACACAUCAGUAGAUAAAGAUAUACUUGGAUAUAGUGCUAAUGCAGAUCUUCACAACUGCUCUUCCUGAACACUUUUUUUUUUAAAUGCUUGUAAGCCCUGGAUAUAAGUUCUCCUAUUGUUAAACCUAUACUCAAACCUGUCACGGAUUUGUAUACAUGAAAGGCUUAUAAGCAAGAUUUUAUGGUAUAUUAUAUAUAAUUAUAUAUCUGUUAGUUCAACUAACCAGCAUCUGCAUAUUCUGCUGAUAUUUCCUUGAGGGGCUCUACUUCAUCCCUUAGUCUUUGCUUUUCCUCUCUGUAGAGCAUGUUGUGACAGCGACUACCACACAGAAAUAAGAAAAUAGUUUAUUUCUGUCAAUUCAGAUUGUCAGAAAUUAAAACGUUGAUGCAUGAUUUUGUCUUUUCGCCUGCUCGGGAGUGAAUAGUACUUGCGAAUCACCUCCGAACCAACCAAUUAGAGUGCAUGAAAAGCACUAUUCCCCUGUGUGGUGUAUAUCAAUAUGACGUACUCUAAAAAAACGGAUACUAUUUAAGACCAAUCAAAGAAAUUACAAUGGUACUUCUAAAGGUACAUUCACCUCUUUGGGUACUCCACAACAUAAGCACAGUCAACUCUUACCAUCAUAACUACCACUAAUUUUUCUGAAGGAGCAGGAACAGUGUCUUGAAGCAUUCAAUUUAGCAAAGUUGUAAUGUAGAAAUGAAAAAUAACAAAAACGAUGCACAUACCUUACUCUCUUCCUAGCCUGGGUUCGUCUUGUUUAGCGAGUGUAACCUGGGGAGAGCUUGGUGACCGAAAGAAACCAAAACGAGGCUAUUAAUAGUGGGGACCUUAAUUAUAUAAUUACAUACGUCGUGAAAAUGUCGAUACGAUCCUCAAGGCACGUUUUAAGUCUUGUAGCUAAGAAAAAAAUUCUUGUUACCGAUAGACCGGAAAACUUAUGGACGUGUCAGAACAGCAGCUGAUGGACUGUAGCUGGGGGUUUGGUAACAGUGGCUGUCGAGGAGGUUACUCAUGGAAAGCUCUCGUCUGGGCCAAGAGGCACGGGGUUGCCUCUAGUAGCAGCUAUGGCAGGUACCUUGCUCAGGUCAGUAUACUGAUUUUUUAUGCUUUGAAUCCAGAAAACUCACCUGGAAGAGACGACAAGUUAAACUAGAAACCAUGACGCUCUUUUAACACCCACAUGUUAUCUAAAGAGACUAUUGCGGUUAUAUGUUACAUUAAGGUAAGGGCGAGCACGCCUUUUACUUAAGGACAGGUGAAAUUUUUGUAUAAUCAGAAGAAGUACUUGCCUGAUUAAUUAUGAUUUAUUAAUUGAAUACUGACAUUAUGACAUUCUAAGCUAUUCUGUUCCUCCCCGACCUACCGAUAAUGAUGGCAAAUGCUACGAGGCCUAACUAAAAGCAUAUUAGAAAAAUUUCCAACUGAACUAAUCUGGGAUUACAUUGGUUUUGCUUUACUUCAAUUUUUGAUAUGAUUAGAAAACUCACGCCAUCCUCUCAAUCAAUCAAAUCCAAAACUAAAACCAAUCACGAGUUGGUCGCCUGCGUCUUCCCGCGCUUUAGUUAGUUGGUUGUUUUUACUCUAAUCGGCCGUUGUUAUUACUUUGGUUUUGGUUUUAUGACACUCAAUCGAAGGUCGCCCUAUCUGUUUAUAGUCUGACAAUAUGCCUCCAUGUUAUACACACAGGAGGGAUUCUGCCAUUGUGCCAAAGAAGACGGUUGUGAUGUGGUGAAAUUCAAGCGAGUGGUGACUGUGAAGAAAAAAGACGCAGAGGCGUUGAAACAUGGCCUAGCCAAGUUUGGUCCGGCGUCCAUCGCUAUCAGCGCCAGUCGAAAAACUUUGAAGUUUUACAACUCUGGCAUUUAUGAUGAUGAGGAUUGCAGUGAGUAACACUCAGCUAGUAUAUACACUAAUUUUCAAAAUAAUCAGCUCUCCUGGAGAGGUUUUCUAAUAGUUGUUAUCGUCGUUAAUCUUUAGUACGCAAGAGCAUAUUAUUUCAAACGGGAUGCUGGGAUUUUAGAAAAACCUAAAUGACCCUAUAAGAACUAUUUUCUCCACAAGCGGUAUCUUGUACCUAUGGAAAAGAAGAACGGCUCGUAACAGAUCCCAAGGAUUUAAUUCUUUUUUUUUAAUUUGAGUCGACCUCCUCAAACCGUUUUUUAUCAAGAGGAAUGUGAGGGAAGGUUAUUACGACUGAAAAAAUCGAACAAACUGUUUGAUAAUGGAUGGUACACAAGAGCUUAGGGUCGAGAGGGGGGAGUUUUAGGUGCACAUGAUCUCCUUUUUUAAAUUUUCAAGGAAAAGGAAUGAUUUCAAAAGAUAAAAGCGACCCCUCUCCUCCCUUCCAUAUACAAACAAGGCACUACUAUGGAACCUCCCUACUAGACAAGUAUUGAUACUUUUGAAGCUCACCUGUUAUCGAUAAUGAUUUUUUUUCCAAACUUUGGUUUUCUUUUUCUCUAAGGCACUCAAACAAAUCAUGGUGUUGUAGUAGUUGGUUACGGUGAAGAAAAUGGUACCUCUUACUGGAUAGUGAAGAAUUCGUGGGGAAAAUUUUGGGGCGAAGAGGGAUUUGUUAAGAUUGCUAUGAAAGACAAUUUAUGCGGUGUCCUUACCAACGAGCCUAUAUUUGUAACCAUGAACGAAACCCUUGAUGACGCGGGUGAAUCUUAUCCAUUCAUGAGGAUGAAAAAACAGAGUUUUGUGGAUGUGGAAAAAAAACUCAACGUAACUGCUUUAAAACUUUCGCCAUUUGAUUACAAGAGAUCAAGAACACGAUUUGAGGAACUUGCUAAGGAGCCAGAUAAAAGGACGUUCUCUUAA